CGUGCAGGAGGCAUUUGACAAAGUUCAAGAAGAAACCUAAGGAAUGACUUGCUAGUGGCCGCGGAUUCCAUCACUAACACCAUGUCCUCUCUGGUGAAAGAGCUGAACUCCGAGGUGGGGAGUGAAACGGAGAGUAAUGUGGAUUCUGAGUUUGCAAGGACUCAGUUUGAGGAUCUGGUUCCAUCACCAACCUCGGAAAAGGCUUUCCUAGCGCAAAUCCACGCCCGGAAACCCGGGUACAUGCACGGUGGAGCUGCCCCAGGCACCAUGCGCAGUGAUGUGGUCACAGAAGAUGGGGAUUCCUAUGCGCGGCCUGAGGAGGAGAACUACGAGAAUGACUCGGUCCGGCAGCUGGAGAACGAGCUCAAGAUGGAGGAAUACCUGAAACAGAAGCUGCAGGACGAGGCCUACCAGCUCCACGUCAGCACUGAGACCAGACUCAAGCACCCCUGUCCUGUAACCGAGACAAAAUGGCGUGUGUUGUUUUGGUUUGUGGUGGUUUUUGGCGGGUUUCUCUCCUUGGUUCUCCAAAUUUACUUUUGGGGCCUGUUCUGAGAGCAAACCCAGCAGGUCUUACCUGUCCCGUGCAUUAGAUACAGUUAUGUCUUGCGGGGGUGUUCCUUGUCCCACAUGCAUUGCACACCCAUCCCCAUCAGGGAUGAUGGCCUAUAUGAGCACUGGUCUAACACAGCCAACCCUCCUCCACAGCGCCAUGUUCACGGGGGAAGGGAGGAAGGUGAAGUCUACUGUAUGGGAUUCAGGAAUCAGUUGUGGUUGGUCAGGACGGAAGUCGGGGUACGUUUGGUUGGUCAGAGGGAGAUGUGCUGGAGAUUGUGAAAAAUGGAUUCUCGAAUGAUAAGGCAGGGAAGGUUCAUUCGUAAGUAGUAAUGUGAACUUAAUUGCAUAAGAGUGUGGCCUUUGUUGUGAUAUACUAUGUAUUUUCUUAUAUGCAUGAGCCAAACUGUUGCAUCAUAAUUUAGCACUGAUGUCCGCCUUUAUUUUGAUCAUCUUUGUCCACCCUUAUUAGUUUUUGGCUGUUCACUGUAGAUAAACAUUGUAAAUACGGCAACUUUUGGUUGCUGCAAUCACCUUGGUUCAAUUCCACGCAAGAAGCCACAAACAAGAACUCCAGUGUCCUCAGAAGAAAGGGCAUUUUUACUUUUGAACCAAAAAGAGGGGGGGAAAAUCAGAAGCGUCAUAUCUUGAGGCUAAUUAACUAUAAGACAUUUUUAAUUAUGACUACUGUAAUUUGACACCAUUUGAAGUAACCAAUACAGAGACCCUAAAGAUUUCAUGAUAUUCAUUGGUAUUGUAACAAAACUACUAUUGUAUGGGUUUUUUGUAUUGCUGUUAAGUAUUGUUUUGUGUGUGUGUGUGUGUGUGUGUGUGUGUGUGUGUGUGUAUGUUGGAACCUCCUGGGGACAUGUUAUAUUUUGAAGUGAUUUAACUAUUUAAUUGUGUGUCUAUAUUUUGGAAUGGAAUUAUUUCUUCAUUAAAAAAAGUUUUUAAAAACA